AUGAAGCCAGAAGACCGGAUGCCGUUGUCCAGUUUGUAUGACAAGAUAGAGGCCCAGCUACGAGCUCUCGAAUCUCUCGGUGUGACAUCAGACAAAUGCGGGGCCAUGUUACUGCCGCUGGUCGAGUCCUCUUUACCAGAGGAACUUUUGCGGGCUUGGCAGCGCCAUCCCGUGCCGAUUGAAGUGGAAGGAGAACCGAAGGAAGAACGUCUUACUCAACUAAUCAAGUUUCUACGCUCUGAGGUGGAGAACGAAGAAAGGAUAACGAUAGCCAUGCAUGGUUUCGACUUGAAGAGAGAUGAACGCAAGACGUCGAAACAGAAACAACACUCGGAUUCCUCUAAAAAUACGCCGUCUGCUAUUAGCCUGCACGCGCAGGGAAAGCCGAGCAAACCCAGCAGCUGUGUGUUCUGUGAAAGUGAACACGCGAGCACGAAGUGCGAAAAGGCGCGGAAAAUGACAAUGGACGAAAAGAAGGCAGCUUUACAACGGAAAAACGCGUGCUUCAACUGCUUAAGGAUCGGGCAUCAGAGUCGCGCGUGUCGCGGUAGUCAAAAGUGUGCUUUGUGCAGCCGUCGACACGUGGUGUUAAUGUGUCCCGAUGUAAACAGCCAAGGGAGUGUAACGGCGACGCCAUCCAACGUAGACGACAGUAAAGAGAAAGUGCUAUCAAAUUCCAACCAAACCAGAGGAGCGGAUGUUAUUUUACAAACGCUACAUGCCAAAAUUCGGAAUGGCCAAGAAGAGAGCGUGGUGCGGUUGUUUUUCGAUCCAGGUUCCACUCGAUUUUACGUUACUAAAGACAUUGUUCGUCGCAUGCAAUAUGAACCAAUCAGUGAACACAAGCUCAGGCAUUCGCUUUUCGGCAAUGUCACGUCGAAGGUUAAGGAGCACAAGAAAUAUUUAGUUCACUUAGCCAGUCUGGACAAUAGUUACUCCUGUAACUUCAAAGCAUUUGACGAAGAAGAAAUAUGCUCGGAGAUUCCACUGUGGGAGAAGCAGCCGUGGAUGGAUGAAUUGGCGGAGCUAGGCGUACAACUCUCCGACGGACCGAGUAAAUGUGAGCGCGCCGCACCUAUUAGAGUUCUCAUCGGAGCGGACAUAGCGGGAAAACUGAUGACUGGUCGCACGGUGCAAUUGAAGUGUGGUUUGUCCGCGAUCGAGACAUAUCUUGGCUGGACAUUGAUGGGUCAAGUUCCUAAACCUAUUGCUAGUGAUAUUGCUGGGCAGGUUAUUUCUAUGUUUCAGCGUGAAGCCGGUGUGUCUGAUCUCUGGGAGCUUGAUGUGAUCGGUAUUAACGACCCGAUUAAAGAGAAGUCCCGCAAAGAUCAUGACGACGAGGUUAUGCAGCGUUUCGAGGAAACAGUUACCGUCAAUAAGGAAGGACGAUAUGAAGUGUGUCUUCCGUGGAUAGAGACACAUCCCGUUUUACCCGACAACAAGGAGUUAGCUGAGAGGAGGCUCAUUACGACCGCGAGGAAACUGAGAUCUUCCAUGAUGUACGAGGAAUACGACCGAGUUUUUCAAGAUUGGUUGAAGGAAGGAAUCAUCGAAGCGGUACCCGACCAUGAAGUCGACAAGGAAGCACACUAUUUGCCUCACAGGGGCGUCGUCAAAGAAAAUAGUACCACCCCGCUGCGUCCGGUGUUCGAUGCGUCCGCAAAAUGUAAAAACUUUCCAUCACUUAAUGAAUGUUUAGAAAAGGGGCCCAAUUUGAUUGAGCUUAUUUCCACUAUUUUAAUGCGUUUUCGUAUGGAAAGAAUCGGUGUUGUUAGUGACAUCAGAAAAGCAUUUUUGCAAAUAUGUUUAACUGAAAAGGAUCGAGAUUCAUUAAGAUUCCUAUGGUAUGAUGAACUGGGAAACAUAAUAACUUAUCGACAUGUUCGCGUAGUUUUUGGUGUGUCGUGCAGCCCUUUCCUUUUAGGGGCGGUGAUCGACCAUCAUUUGAAACGACUGUUUACCGACAAACAAAUGCAAUUUAGGUUUAAGAAUCCAGAGAAAAAUCUUCCUAAGUUGAUGGAAAGCUUUUACGUAGACAACUGUGUUACUAGUUUGAGCACAAUGAUCGAGGUCGAGCAAUUCAGACAUGAUGCGAGUCUUGCUAUGAGUGAGGGAGCAUUUGAACUUCGAGGAUGGGAAAAUUCUGGGUCAAAAACGGAAGGGAGAGAUAUACCGGUGUUAGGCCUGGUGUGGGAUAAGGAGGAAGAUACCUUGCGACUCGUGGUUCCUUCGAUUGAGGGGAUCAUGAACGAGAAAAUUACGAAACGACUUAUACUCUCUUAUUCACAUCGCGUGUUUGAUCCGAUCGGUUUGGUAUGCCCUGUAAUGAUUACUCCCAAGCUUUUGUUGCAACAAAUCUGGGUUUCUAAAAUCAGGUGGGAUGACGAGGUUGAUGAUAAGAUUCGAGACGAGUUUAAAAAAUGGCUAAGCAGUCUGUCUGAGUUGAACGAUCUUCGGUUCCCUCGCUGGAUGUUUGUCUCACCAAUGCGCGAGACUAACAUAACGUGUCAUGUAUUUUGCGAUGCCAGUAAAAAGGCGUAUGCUGCUGUGAUCUUUGCCCGAAUGGAAUGUGCUUCCGAAGUCAAUAUUUCAUUUGUUACGGCGAAGGCAAGGGUGGCACCAGUUGCUUCCAUAACGAUUCCUCGACUUGAACUUUUGGCAGCCUGCAAGGGAACCAGACUAGCGCGUUCUACUUUGAAAUCCCUUAAGAUGGUCGAUAAGAGUUACGUAUUGGAGUGA